CUUGUGUUUGCGAUGUUUGGAGUGUUUGUGCCCUCGAACAAGUGGCUACUCAAAUUUAUACUGCCCGUAUUAGCCUUCUGAGUUCCUGUUUGGAGUUCUCACGCAGUCCGGUGAAGAACGAAGGCUAUUCUGGGUUUGCACGGUUUGCCCUUAAGUUUUGUAUGAGAUUGUGCGCCACAAGCGUUCUAAAGUCCGUAUUGGCCCUAAGAGCGGCCUCCCAUUGCAUUCAUGGGAAAGCUGGUAGCGUCGCUGCUCCCAUGGGCCGCAUUUGCUUUUGGCAAUCUCCUUUGCUGUGGAUUGAUCUUGGCGGCGACACAGGUGAGCUGGCGGCUGGGUUUUUCUCUCACCGUGGCUUACUUCCUGGUCUCUAUGGGCCUCGCCUUGAACAUGGAAAAAGAAAGGUGGCACGACGGGAUCCGAAGUUUACUUUGGAUUCUUGUUUGUGGCCAGCUGGGCAUUUUAGGGACCUGGUUGAGCUUUGCCACUAUUCCUUGGGAGAUGGUCUUGGAGGUUGGUGGAGCCGUGCCGAUCGGUUCUGGCCAUGCUGUCUACGGCCCACACCUGUACUUUUCUUCCGGAACACCUGAGAGGAUCCUGAUGCGAGCCGAUUCACAAUCCUUUGGCUCUGUGCCUCCAGGCGUCAUUGAUGCCCAUUCCUUUAUGGAACACAAUGGGAGCCUUUUCUUCUUUGGGCGUCCGAAUGCUUCAGCAGGCGAGUGCUUAUGGAGAAUCACAGGCCAUGGUGACGCAACUCUCAUCCGACAGUUUCAGCCAGGAUUUGAUUUGAGGCAUCUCAAUGCAUCGGGAACGAGUGAGAUGGACACUGCCCUCACCUUUCAGGUGUACGGUCGAUGUGGCGCCCUUCGCAGCCGGAGCUUCUUCCGAAGCAACGGAACCCUGGAAGGGACCGAAGCAGGCGGUUUUGUGGAUCUCGCUCAUCUUUGUUUGCAGCUUGCUGCAGGGUUGGAGCUGAGGCCACCCACUGGACGACUCAUGGGCAUGCUGAUAUUGGGCAUCCUGCCGCAAACAGGCCUUGCUACAUAUUUGCUGUUUCGAAGAAAGGUGCCUGGCGCAUUCUUGAAUGUUUUCCUUGGAGCCUAUGCUGUGGCCUUCAUAAUAUGGAUGUUGACGACGGACAAAGUGGCCGACGUGCUGUUCUUCGCGCAGGUUUCUACUAUGACCUAUGCAACUCUGAGCUGCUUGGCUGUUGCAGUCAACCAGGUACUCACCCGACCUCGAAGCGCGACCGCGACGGAGUUGGGCAGCUGGGCGGCGGCCGUGAGCACCGUGGCCUUCUUCGGCGCGGUUCAUCUGGUCCUGGACUUUCCCUUCUCCAAUAGCUGGCUGAACUGGUUGCUUUAUGCACUUCUCCAAUUACCACAGAUCGCUUUUGCGCUCCUCAUGCGCCGCAUGACGCCCAUGGCGUUAUUCAUAAUCGGCUGGCUCAUUAUACUCCACAAGGCAGUUGCUGAGAUCGACGGACGAGUAGGCCAAGGUUGGCCAGCAGAGCUGGGGAAGGCCCUGCAGCUUGGCGCCUUUUACAUCCUGGGGGCAUUGGUUUGCUUGAUUCUCCUUGGCUACAAGGACAACAAGAGUACUUUGGAGGAGCUAGUGGGCAAGCGCUUUGAAUGUUCACCAGAGGAGGCUUGGCAGGAUGGAGACGAGUUCAAACCCAGUGAGCCAAUGUCUGAGCCUGAAGAAGACAAGCAAGAGUCCUGGCUGCUUCUCCAGCAGCUGCCAUGGCUGCAGCUCUUGCAACUGCAGCAGCAUUUUGGUGCUGGGCGCCGCCAUGCUAGCAAGGAGGAUGAGGAAGAUUGCUGAAGUUCCACUCUGUCGCCCAAGGCGAUCGUUCGAGCGAGAAAGAAUGGUUAGAGCGUUACUUUUGUCGGACGCCGCAAAUACGAAUCUGGAAGCCUUUAUUUUUCUUGAUCAGUAACAGGUGCCACGCUAGUAGUAACAUGUGGCAUUGAACCACACCCAAGUGGGUCAAGGGAGACGAAGGUCCGAUGCCUCUCACAUGAGAUCAUUCUGGUCUUCUUUAGACUUUAAGAUCUAACAGCAACCUCCAACCUAAGAGCGAUUGUUGUGUUCUAGUCUUAAAGGGUAGUUAUGGGUGAGUCCAAGCACAAAGGCGAGCAGUUGUGCUUUAGUGCAGCGACCCGUCACAAAGAAAGGAAACCUCCGAUGAAACAAACCAUUUGCAGAGUUGAAAUUGCACAGAAACUGGCGGACACUGGGUUCUCGGCAAGAUUUUUUGUGAUUUGCUUCAUGGCGUUGAUAGUUUUUGGAGGGAAGCAGUGACAGCAAAGACUGUUCUGGAGUUGCGUGGUGGAGAUAAUCAAGUGCCAAAAACAAGAUGGUCAAAACCGCACCUAAAGAUUAAUUAAGAUGGUCACGAAUUAUUUUGCGGAGGAAAAGAGUAAAUAAACCGCAUCAUUCUUUACAGGAAACGGUACAAAACCUGUGAACGGAUAUUAGAGACGUUCGACAGCAAUCCACCACCACCUCCGGAGUUGCCCAUGGAACCUCAAUAUCUAGCUAGGGACUAGAACAUUUACACGCCUCUACAGGGGAUAUUCUCCGGCUGUUUUGUGUCAAACAGUCAACUUUGUAGCAAUGACCGUUUCCAAGCAGUUCAUAUCAGUUUUCUUCAUUCUUUCUUUCAUGGAAUCGCAAUCUUCAAGAUGGAAUGCAAGAAUGAAAAAGACGGAAUGAGCCGUUUAGGCUCAUCCGCAUGGACGCUUACAUUGCUCCACCGUGUGGUAUGGAUGCCCUUCGCGAUGAACCGUAGGUUGGAGGCCAUCGUUUUUAGGUUCCUUAAAGC